ACAACCGAAGCUCGACUAGUACACCGUAAUUUCUAGUUGCGGGAACAUGUUGACGUUUCUUUAGUGUUUUCCACCUGAAAACCAGCGAAUUUUCGCACGGGAAAAACGGUGUUCGGUUCGGAAAACACCCGGCUAUCAUCUGUGCAAAUUUCGUGAAAAUUCGACCAAGGGAAAACCCCCAAAAACGAUGCCCAACACCGGAAUAUUUUAACAUGCAGUACAGUAUCUGUGUAUGUAGGCGAUGCGGCGUUGCCGGAUCGACGCCAGUGCGACGUUGCCACGUUCGGGACAGAUUUUUAACGCCGAGUGCUCCGGAGCGAUCCGCUGGUGACAGUUGAAUGCGCAAGGCUGAGAACGAAAUGAGCAACAAAAUGCGAAAAAUCCUCGUCAAGGACAUGAACGACGUGCUCGUCUGCACGCUAUGUAACGGGUAUUUGGUCGACGCAACCACACUUACCGAAUGUCACCAUGUUUUCUGUCGCGGCUGCAUUUUGCGCCACUUUGAGACCUGCAAAACGGCAUGUCCUUCGUGCAAUCUCGUCUACAAGAAGAAAAACCAAGUUUUCUUCAAAGCCGAUCCGCAAAUUCAGUCGAUUGUUUAUAAAGUGGUGCCAGGGUUGUACUCGAAGGAGAUGCAACGCAGGGAGGAUUUUUACAGGAGUACCGGAGUUAGGGCCAGUAGUUCAUGUAGCGAUGAUAGUGUCCUUGAACGCGAACGCGAAAUAAUAAAGGACGAGGACUCAAUGGUGUCGAGUUAUACUGGGAGUAAAACACAGUUUUUCGGCCCCGAAGACUCGAUUUCCCUCUCGUUGGAGUACUACCAAGUCCAUUUGGACAAAACUCCGGUGGAAGGGAGCAAAUCCAUCAAGUCGUCGGACAAGAGUGUCAGUGUUUUAAAUAAUAAUAAUAGUGAGGCGGUUAGUGAUAAACAUAAAUUGAACGGUACGAAAAAUGGUGAGUGUAAAAGUGGUGAUAAGAGAUAUCUGCAGUGUCCGGCGGCUGUUUCGAUGAAACAUUUACAAAAGUUUAUUCGGAUGAAGUUUGCUCUAAGCCAGAAUCAUAAGGUUGAUAUUAUUUAUGAGGGGGAGGUUCUACACUCGAAUUUUACUCUAAUGGACGUCGCUUACACCUUCAAAUGGAAAAGGUUAAAACCUCUACGUUUCUUCUACCGCAUCUUCACCCCAUUGAAAAUCCAGCCAAUCAAAAUCGUCAAUUCGGGCAAACAGCUGCAAAUCGUCAAAAAUGGCGAACCGAUAACACCCAAGCCCGAGCCAGAGGUGAUAAGUGAAGAAAAGGAGCGACUUUUGGCCAAUCUUCAAUUGCAAAGCAAGACCAAAGUACAAAACGACAAUAACGUACCUGAAAAAGUGGCACAAGACUGCGUUUUCGACUACGAGGAGCAAGACAAGGAGGAGAUCAAGCGGUUCGCGGAGAUUCGGGACCGGGAGUGGGCUCUCCAGAAAAAGCUGGAUGAGAGCAGGGAGAAGGAACGGGAUGAGGACUACCACCAUUUCAGCAAGAAACGGAAGAAGAGCAAACAUUCGAAGAACGACUGCGUGUACAAGAAGCGGAAACUUCAUGCCGAAAUCACAAACGAAGAAGAGUUGAAGUUGAAGGUCAAGUUGACGCCACACAAUGGCCACAAGCACAAACACCACAAAAGUGAGAUGAGUAGCAAGGAAAAGUUGCUACAGAUGAGACAAGUGAGACACAAACACGUCACAAGUGAAGAUAAGAACGUCCAAACGGCAAGCACCGAACCCCCAACUGCUGACAAAAAACCAGAACCUGAAGAAAUCAACGGAGAGAAGAAAGAAGAAACGAAGGAAGCAAAAGAACCGAAAAAACCGAUACCUGACCUCGCCCCCAAGACACUCCGUAGCGAUUUCCCCGCCAAAACCCUAAACAAAGAAUGGGGACAUAGAGUACCAACCGUACAAAUCGAACGAAAUGAACAGACGGAACAACAAGCCAAAAAAACCUUCCUCAAGUCGUACCAAGCCUACGCCGAAAAGUACCAAAAAACAAUCGAGAAGACCCAAAGUGCCAACAGACCCGCGUCAACCCUUGAGCGAAAAAUCGCCAACUUGCAACAAAGAUGCACCAUCGAAGCCAAACCCCCCGAGAAACCCCCCCAGUACCCCCCUGGCUUCACCGUGAGCAAAAUCGAGAGUGGGGUCCCCAACAACAAGGAGGAAAAACGGGAGGAGAAACGCCCAAGUCUCGAAAUCACCCUAAUCAACCCCCCUGAAGUCAAACCCCCCAAGCGGCCCCCUCCCGCCACGAUCCCCCUCGACAGGAUUAAGAAAUCCCUCAUUUUCAAAACUGGGAUUAGCAUUAUCCCCAAGGACAACAUCGGGGCGCUUGACUUAUCGGCGAAGCCGCCCAGCAAGGAGGGGGACCCCCCGAAUGGGUUCGCGCCCCCCAAGGACACCAAGAACUUGUCCAAUCUCCAGAUGCUGUCAAAAGUGGCAACGGAACACCCCUCCCUUAACAAACCCAAGCCAAGGCCACAACUCCCCAACCUCCAAACCCUUAAAAUCCCGUCGCCGAAUCAGAGGAUUCCCCCAAACCUUAAACUGAUAAAUAAAGGGCAGUUUCGGAUGAUGAAUCCGCAAAUCAGGAACUUGAGGCCGAAUCAGAAUCAGUCGAUUCGGAAUAUUCCGAAUCCGAGUCUUGUCGUGCGUCAGCAACAGAAUCGGAUCAAUUCGAUGAAUCCGGUGCCAGCGCCGAGCAAUAACGUGGAGAAUAAGGAGAAGAAAGAGCCGGAAAGUAAACCGGAAGUUUCGGUUUGAAGGCCGGAUGUACUGAAGGUCCCAGUGAGUUACGUUAUGUUCCUAAUUUAAGACUUUUGUUAUGGUUUUGUUGUGUUGUGAUUGUUUCAUGUUGCACUUUUUUAAUUCGGUCACUUUGUUUCGAUGUUAUCGAUGUAUGAGGUCGCUCAGACUGUACUUAUUCAUUAUUAUAUAAAUAUGUAUAUCGUAGCUAUGUUUAAGUAGGUUUUAGGAGUAUGUGUAUGUAUAGAACACUCUGUAUAUAAUUAAAAAUUGAUUAAAUGAAUGUACCAGAA